AACUAGGCUCCUAGGGCCUGGUCCCGUAAGGGAAGAGGUAUUGGGGAGCCGUAUGCGGGAAGAAGGGGGGGCCCCCGGCCUUCACUGCUCUAUGAAGGAAAAGGAGGAGGAAACCGGAGUAGUUGCCUAGAGUCUCAGCGCUUUUCCCAACCCUGUGCUACCCGGAACCGGUGAAUUGGUCGCCUUGUUGUAUCAACAGGCUUCCCGGGAUUCCGUCCUUCUCUCGCAGCUUGUGAAAAUUGGGCCACGCCAAAAGAUUGGGAAUGGAAGGGACUUAAGGCUUCUGAGUCAGGAUCAGGCAUCUUAGGCAGGCCGUGAGAAAAUGUCUGAUUUUGUGGAAAGCGAGGCCGAGGAGUCAGAGGAAGAGUACAAUGAUGAAGGCGAAGUGGUGCCCCGAGUCACCAAGAAAUUUGUGGAGGAGGAGGAUGACGAUGAGGAGGAGGAGGAGAACCUAGAUGAUCAGGAUGAGCAAGGCAAUCUGAAAGGCUUUAUCAAUGAUGAUGACGAUGAAGAUGAAGGGGAGGAGGAUGAGGGUAGUGACUCUGGUGAUUCAGAAGAUGAUGUUGGCCACAAGAAGAGAAAACGCACAUCUUUUGACGACCGCCUGGAGGAUGAUGAUUUUGACCUCAUUGAGGAGAAUUUGGGUGUCAAAGUCAAAAGAGGACAAAAAUACCGACGUGUCAAAAAAAUGUCAGAUGACGAGGAUGACGACGAGGAGGAAUAUGGCAAAGAGGAACAUGAAAAAGAGGCUAUUGCCGAGGAAAUCUUCCAGGAUGGGGAAGGGGAAGAAGGGCAGGAGGCUGUGGAGGCCCCCAUGGCUCCUCCAGAGGAGGAGGAAGAAGAUGAUGAGGAAUCAGACAUCGAUGACUUCAUUGUGGAUGAUGACGGACAGCCUCUGAAAAAACCUAAGUGGCGGAAAAAGCUUCCUGGAUACACAGAUGCGGCCCUACAGGAAGCCCAGGAGAUUUUUGGUGUGGACUUUGACUAUGAUGAGUUUGAGAAAUACAAUGAGUAUGACGAAGAACUGGAGGAAGAGUAUGAGUAUGAGGAUGAUGAGGCCGAGGGUGAGAUCCGAGUGCGCCCCAAGAAGACCACCAAGAAACGUGUGAGCCGCAGGAGCAUCUUUGAGAUGUAUGAGCCCAGCGAGCUAGAAAGCAGCCACCUCACAGAUCAGGACAAUGAAAUCCGAGCCACUGACCUGCCUGAGAGGUUCCAGCUCCGCUCCAUCCCAGUUAAGGGGGCUGAAGAUGACGAACUGGAAGAGGAAGCUGACUGGAUCUACAGGAAUGCCUUUGCCACACCAACCAUUUCUCUUCAGGAAAGCUGUGAUUACCUAGACCGAGGGCAGCCAACCAGCAGCUUCAGUCGUAAAGGGCCCAGCACAAUUCAGAAGAUUAAAGAAGCCUUGGGUUUCAUGCGAAAUCAACACUUUGAGGUGCCUUUUAUUGCUUUCUACCGUAAGGAGUAUGUGGAGCCUGAGUUGCACAUCAAUGACCUAUGGAGGGUGUGGCAGUGGGAUGAAAAGUGGACCCAACUGAGGAUCCGCAAAGAGAACCUAACACGGCUGUUUGAGAAGAUGCAAGCUUAUCAGUACGAGCAGAUCUCUGCUGAUCCUGACAAACCCCUGGCUGAUGGCAUCCGGGCUCUAGAUACCACCGACAUGGAGAGGCUUAAGGAUGUCCAGUCAAUGGAUGAGCUGAAAGAUGUCUACAACCAUUUCUUGCUAUAUUAUGGUCGUGAUAUCCCCAAGAUGCAGAAUGCUGCCAAAGCCAGCCGCAAGAAGCUGAAGCGUGUGAGGGAAGAGGGAGAUGAGGAAGGUGAGGGUGAAGAGGCAGAAGAUGAGGAGCAGAGGGGCCCAGAGCUCAAGCAGGCCUCCCGCCGAGACAUGUACACCAUUUGCCAGAGUGCUGGCCUAGAUGGCCUGGCCAAAAAGUUUGGACUGACUCCUGAACAAUUUGGGGAAAACCUGCGGGACAGCUACCAGCGGCACGAGACAGAGCAGUUCCCUGCAGAGCCUUUGGAGCUGGCCAAGGAUUAUGUUUGCAGCCAGUUCCCUACGCCUGAAGCUGUGCUGGAAGGUGCCCGCUACAUGGUAGCCCUGCAGAUUGCCCGAGAGCCCCUCGUCCGACAGGUGCUGAGGCAGACCUUCCAGGAGAGAGCCAAGCUAAAUAUAACCCCCACCAAGAAAGGUAGAAAGGAUGUGGAUGAGGCCCACUAUGCUUACUCCUUCAAGUACUUAAAGAACAAGCCUGUUAAGGAACUGAGAGAUGACCAGUUCCUCAAGAUCUGCUUGGCUGAAGAUGAAGGGCUGCUCACCAUUGACAUCAGCAUAGAUAUGAAGGGGGUAGAAGGCUACGGCAACGACCAGACCUAUUUCGAAGAGAUCAAACAGUUUUACUACCGAGAUGAGUUCAGCCACCAGGUGCAGGAGUGGAACCGGCAGCGCACCAUGGCCAUUGAGCGAGCCUUGCAGCAGUUCCUCUAUGUGCAGAUGGCCAAAGAGCUCAAGAACAAGCUGCUGGCCGAAGCCAAAGAAUAUGUCAUAAAGGCCUGUAGUCGGAAACUCUACAACUGGUUGAGGGUGGCACCCUACCGGCCAGAUCAACAGGUAGAGGAAGAUGAUGACUUUAUGGAUGAGAACCAAGGGAAGGGCAUCCGCGUCCUAGGCAUUGCUUUCUCCUCUGCCAGAGAUCACCCUGUGUUCUGCGCCCUGGUCAACGGUGAAGGAGAAGUGACAGACUUCCUUCGACUGCCCCAUUUUACCAAACGGCGAACUGCAUGGAGAGAGGAAGAACGGGAAAAGAAGGCUCAAGACAUUGAAACUCUAAAGAAAUUUCUUCUGAAUAAAAAGCCUCAUGUGGUGACAGUUGCAGGAGAAAACAGGGACGCCCAGAUGUUAAUUGAAGAUGUGAAGCGCAUUGUGCAUGAGCUGGACCAGGGCCAACAACUGUCCUCUAUUGGGGUGGAGCUGGUUGACAAUGAGUUGGCCAUUCUCUACAUGAAUAGCAAGAAAUCGGAGGCAGAGUUCCGGGAUUAUCCUCCGGUGCUGAGACAGGCCGUCUCCCUGGCCCGGCGCAUCCAGGACCCUCUGAUUGAAUUUGCCCAGGUGUGCAGCUCUGAUGAAGACAUCCUGUGUCUCAAGUUUCAUCCCUUGCAAGAGCAUGUGGUGAAAGAGGAGCUGCUCAAUGCCUUAUACUGUGAAUUUAUCAACCGAGUCAAUGAGGUUGGGGUCGAUGUCAACCGUGCCAUCGCCCACCCAUAUAGCCAGGCCUUAAUCCAGUACGUCUGUGGUCUGGGACCUCGAAAAGGGACCCAUCUCCUGAAGAUCCUGAAGCAGAACAACACCAGGCUGGAGAGUCGGACCCAGCUGGUCACCAUGUGCCACAUGGGUCCCAAAGUCUUCAUGAAUUGUGCUGGCUUCCUCAAGAUCGACACGGCCUCCCUGGGGGACAGCACCGACUCAUACAUUGAAGUUCUUGAUGGUUCCCGAGUCCACCCUGAGACCUAUGAGUGGGCCAGGAAGAUGGCAGUGGAUGCUCUGGAAUAUGAUGAAUCAGCUGAGGACGCUAACCCCGCAGGAGCCCUCGAAGAGAUCUUGGAAAACCCAGAGCGACUCAAGGAUCUGGACCUUGAUGCCUUUGCAGAAGAACUGGAGAGGCAGGGCUAUGGUGACAAACACAUCACCCUGUAUGACAUCCGGGCGGAGCUGAGCUGUCGGUAUAAGGACCUGCGGACAGCCUACCGCUCUCCCAACACAGAGGAAAUCUUCAAUAUGUUAACCAAAGAAACACCAGAGACCUUCUACAUUGGAAAGCUCAUCAUCUGCAACGUCACUGGCAUUGCCCACAGGCGUCCACAGGGUGAGAGCUAUGACCAGGCGAUCCGCAACGAUGAGACAGGGCUGUGGCAGUGCCCCUUCUGUCAGCAAGACAAUUUCCCUGAACUAAGCGAGGUCUGGAACCACUUUGACAGCGGUUCAUGCCCAGGCCAGGCCAUUGGUGUCAAAACACGGCUAGACAAUGGUGUCACCGGCUUCAUCCCCACCAAGUUCCUCAGUGACAAAGUGGUAAAGCGGCCCGAGGAGCGAGUGAAGGUGGGAAUGACCGUUCACUGCCGCAUCAUGAAGAUUGACAUUGAGAAGUUCAGCGCAGACCUUACCUGCCGAACCUCAGACCUCAUGGACAGGAACAACGAGUGGAAACUGCCCAAGGACACGUACUAUGACUUUGACGCUGAAGCAGCAGACCACAAGCAGGAGGAGGACAUGAAACGGAAGCAGCAGCGGACCACAUACAUCAAGCGAGUGAUCGCACACCCAUCCUUCCAUAAUAUAAAUUUCAAGCAAGCAGAAAAGAUGAUGGAGACCAUGGACCAGGGUGAUGUGAUCAUCCGACCAAGCAGCAAGGGUGAGAAUCACCUGACAGUGACCUGGAAGGUCAGUGAUGGCAUCUACCAGCACGUGGACGUGCGGGAAGAGGGCAAGGAAAAUGCCUUCAGCCUGGGAGCCACCCUGUGGAUCAAUAGUGAGGAAUUUGAAGACUUGGAUGAGAUUGUUGCUCGCUAUGUCCAGCCCAUGGCAUCCUUUGCCCGGGACCUUCUGAAUCACAAGUAUUAUCAGGACUGCAGUGGUGGGGAUCGUAAGAAAUUAGAGGAGCUGCUCAUCAAAACUAAGAAGGAGAAGCCCACCUUCAUCCCUUAUUUCAUCUGUGCCUGCAAGGAACUGCCCGGCAAGUUCCUACUGGGAUACCAGCCCCGGGGUAAACCCAGGAUAGAAUACGUAACGGUGACUCCAGAAGGAUUCCGGUACCGGGGCCAAAUCUUCCCUACUGUGAACGGACUUUUCCGAUGGUUUAAGGAUCACUACCAGGAUCCUGUACCAGGCAUCACCCCCAGUAGCAGCAGUAGGACCCGGACACCUGCUUCUAUCAAUGCCACCCCAGCCAAUAUCAAUCUUGCAGAUCUGACACGGGCUGUGAAUGCCCUGCCUCAGAACAUGACCUCGCAGAUGUUCAGUGCCAUCGCAGCCGUGACAGGCCAAGGACAGAACCCCAACGCCACGCCAGCCCAGUGGGCCUCGAGCCAGUAUGGCUAUGGCGGCAGUGGAGGGGGCAGCAGCGCUUACCACGUGUUCCCAACGCCAGCCCAGCAGCCAGUGGCCACACCACUAAUGACCCCCAGCUACUCCUACACAACCCCAAGCCAGCCCAUCACCACACCACAGUACCACCAGCUACAGGCCAGCACCACCCCACAGUCUGCCCAGGCCCAGCCCCAGCCCUCCUCCAGCUCUCGGCAACGGCAGCAGCAGCCAAAGUCCAACAGCCAUGCAGCCAUCGACUGGGGGAAGAUGGCAGAGCAGUGGCUACAGGAGAAGGAAGCGGAGCGGCGGAAACAGAAGCAGAGGCUAACACCUCGGCCCUCUCCCAGCCCCAUGAUCGAAAGCACCCCCAUGUCCAUUGCUGGCGAUGCCACCCCACUCCUGGACGAGAUGGACCGGUAGGGGGCCUGCUCCUAGGACUCUGGUUACCUCUGAGGCUGGGAGAGCCCAGCCGCCCACUGCCUCACUCCCUGUCCUGCCUUUUCUGUCCAUAAAGUGGCGUGAGUUGACGUUCUCUCUGGUGGUCAGCCUGGAUGGGUGACAAGCUGGAUGGCCUUGGGAAUUUGAGCUCAGUGUAAGCUAGGCGACAAUUCUCCCACUCCAGGCCCUCACCGACCACCUGUUCUGGGACCAGGCUGGGCGGGGAGUGUGGCGGGGAGGAAGAAGAGGAAGACGAGAAUGAGAGUGGAACAGUUUUGUAUUCUCCCUACAAGCCAUUUUGAGCUUCUGCCCUCACCUGACUCUGGGCUGUGACCCCGGGGCACCAAGCUCAGCACAUGAGUCUCCCCCAGCUCUUGUGGGGAGAGGAAUGCUAUUUAUUCAGUUUCGGGCAGGAGGGAGAGGAGGGAAGGUGUUUCUGACCCAGAUGCCAACAGCUUGGGUGGCUAUCAAAGCAGAAUUGCAGGGGACACGGGAGCAGUGCUAACCUGCUCAGCCCCCGCCUGGCCGCCUUCACCCACCUGCUGCUGCCUCCGCUUCCUGCCUGUCAUUUGAAUAAACAGUGUUUCUACAGAGCAUUUGGCAAAGCCUCUCUCUCCAACGCUCCGGCUCUUGAAGGGUGGCUUUCCAAGCUGGGUUUGGAGCUCUUGACAGCUCCCCCUGGUUCUUCCAGGCCACCAGAGAGGCAGUGACUCAACAGCAAACAGCUUCUGUAUCUGACCGCCCCGGGCCAAAUCCGUGCUCCACUUCCCAGCCCUGUGCCCUGUGCCCUGAGGGAACCGAGGGAACUCCUGUUGUCCUCGAGCCAGCCAUCUCCUCUGUAUGGUGAAGCUAGCGAGACCUGCCUCAUCUGCCUCCCUGGGGCAGCUGCAGAGGCAGAGAAUGUGUGAAAGCGCUCUGCCAAGAGGAGGCCUGGGACCUCAUCAGUCCUCUGUACACGUUAGCCGCUGUCCCUACACUCUCACACACCCGCCCCAUCUGCUUGCCCACUAGCCUUCUCUGGCACAGCAAGGAAGGGCCAUGAGUAAAUUUGGCCCUUCUCAGCUUGAGCCCCUGUACCUCUUACCUCACUCUUUUUGCCAGCUGAGCCUCAGUCUCCGAUAAUACCUCUGCACAAGUCCAGUAUGUCUGCCCCAGGAUGGGCCCCAAGCUCGCCUGCUACCACACCCGCACGCCCUGGAAAGGGAAGUGCUGGGAUGUUGUGGGGGAAGCCAGUCCCCGCCCCGCCUUCCCUGCUUGGGACCGGCCAACACCCUGGCCCUGGCCUCUUCCCCCUGCCUCACUGCCUCUUUUUGUUCCAGACUCCUGGUCUCCUGUGUUCCUUCAGAAUGGCCUCCUCUCCUAGCUUUGCAAGUUGGUGCUAAGAAAGUGAGGUUCUCUCCCUCCCUUUCCUCUAUUUGGGGCUCAGCAGAGAAAUCAGAAAAGGUCACUGCUGCCCACACUUGGUGAGCUUCCCGUCUUGACUUCAUCCUGUCAUUCAAGAUCUCUUUGGCUGUUGGCAAGAGUUGGGAGGGAAGGGCUGGUCUGCCAGGAACUCAGUUCUAUUCCCUUCAGCACAGAGGUCUAGAAGGGCCUAGCAGGAGCACCAGCUGGGAAGAUCAUGUUCCCUUUGGUGUUACCAGCAUCCUCCUAAGGGCCACUUAGAGGAGGGAAAGGCCAGGCACAGUGGCACAGAGUGGGUUAAAAGGUUCAGUUUAUUAGGGCUAUCACUGCAGACAGUACUGCCUGUCCCCGAGUGGAUUUCACACAGGCCAGUCUCCCAGGAGAUGGGACGCCUCCUUCCCACCCCACCCAGGUGUACUCCUCUCUUGCCCUGAGCCUAGGAUGUUACAGAGAAGCAGACUGUGCCCCUCCCUUGCCGUCCCUCCUGCCUUCCCAUGGACUGCCUCCUGAAAGAUAGAUUACCCUUCAGAAACUCCUGCAGCCCCCUGACCCCUUGGCUCCAGCUGUGUCCAGAACCCGCACCCUCCCCACAGAAGUGACAGGCUGGAGGGAGAGAGAAUAGCAGCAGGGGGUCAGCUACAGGCUUGAUCUCAUUUAUUCUUCACCCUGGAUGCCCUGGCCUCAACUGAGAUUGGGGUUUGAUGCUGGGGGAGAUUUCCUCUUGACCUUCUUGACUGGUGAGGCCUUCGCCCUGGGUUUCUUAGCCUGGGCCGCGUUCUCUCUCUUCCUGGGCAAUGAAGACUCCACGAUGUCCUCGCUGGAGGGUUCCUCCCGCCUGGGGUCAUUGUAACUGUCCUCACUCUCCAGGUCUUCCCGGCUGUCUGGGCUGGACUCUGACAUCCUGGCCAACUCUCUUGGGCUUAUUGAUCGGAUCAAGUCUGGAGGUGGAGAUUCCAAUUUAACUGGGCUUUUCUUCUUAAUCAGUUUGCCCUUCUUGGCUUUUUUCUUCAGCUUUGCCUUCUCAUCUGUCUCCUCCUCGUCUUUCUCUUUUUCUUUUUUCUUCUUUACCUUCUUGAUCACUUUAUUGCCCUGGGACUUCCCUGUGGGGCUCUCAGAGCGCCAGAUAGUGAUGGGAGCUGCUGAGUCCAGGGUA